AUGCUGACAAGAUCCCCCGCGAUACAGAGCCACAAGUCUUUCCGCACGAAGCAGAAGCUCGCCAAGGCGCAGAAGCAGAACCGCCCCAUUCCCCAAUGGAUUCGCCUUCGCACCGGUAACACUAUUCGCUACAACGCGAAGCGUCGUCACUGGCGCAAGACCCGCCUCGGCAUCUAA